AAACCAACAAAUGUAAAAUAAAGACGAUAAAAUAAAAAUAAAAAAAACUGAAAAACGAAGCCAGGGCGCGCUCUCUCUCUCUCUCUCUCUCUCUCUCUCUCUCGAUCGAGGGAUUUGGGAUUUUGGAGGCAUGGAUUUGGUAGUUUAACGAAGAGAGAGCAGGAGAGAGAGUGCUAUCUUCGCAUUAAUAGCAAUGUUGAAAAAUGGAGCUUCGUCUCGAGGCAUACCCACCAGAUCUAACCCUAAUCCUAACCCUAACCCUAACCCUAACCCCAACCCUAACCCUCUAUGGGAUUCUAAUUCUAAACCAUUGAAGAACACCUCAUCGAUCACGCCCGUUGAUCCUCGAUCGAACGCCGCCACAAAGAAGCGGUCCGAUAGCUCCUCUGCUUCGGCACUGAAGAGCAAGGAGGCAAAGCUCAACGCACAAUCUCCGCCAGAUACAGGAAGCGAGGAAACAGAUCUUAGCAGUUCUGAAGGAGAUGAUUCAUCGUGGAUCUCCUGGUUUUGUGGGUUGAGAGGAAAUGAGCUCCUUUGUGAAGUUGAUGAGGAUUAUAUACAGGAUGAUUUUAAUUUGUGUGGACUUCAAGCACUGGUUCCCUAUUAUGAUUAUGCCCUGGAUAUGAUCUUGGAUAAUGACUCUUUGAGUGGUGAGAUGGAUGGUGAGGAACACAGUGAAAUUGAAUCUGCAGCAGAGUUGUUAUAUGGUCUUAUACAUGCCCGGUAUAUCAUAACCAGCAAAGGAUUAAAUGCAAUGCAUGAGAAGUAUAAGAGAGUGGAUUUCGGAAGAUGCCCUCGAGUAUUUUGCGGAGGGCAGCCAUGCUUGCCUGUGGGUUCGUCUGACAUCCCUCGAAAUGGUUCUGUAAAGAUCUACUGUCCAAAAUGUGAAGACAUAUACAUUCCAAGGUGCAAAUACCAGUGCAAUAUGGAUGGUGCUUAUAUUGGAACAACAUUCCCACAUCUAUACUUGAUGACAUACCCUUCUGCAAACCCUGCGAAGCCAGUCCAAACUUACGUGCCUAGGGUUUUUGGAUUCAAGCUGCACAAGGGUUCCAGAUGACCCAGAUGAUGGUUUCCUGCUAAACUCGUACCUUUCUCAGAGGCUGCCGUGAAGACCUCAGCCCAGAAUAGAAUACCAUUUGGGGAGGAGAUUAAUAUAGCUGCCUUUGUGGGAUUACUGAUCCUGUACCAAUAGGAGCUGGUUAGAAACGCCUCUGCACAGUGGUGUGAUUCGUUCCGGCAUGUACAAUGAUCAGUGGUCUAGUAGCAUCUUAAGACCCUUUUGCCUGGAUGAUCUUCCUUAUUUAAUUGAUGUUUCACAUAAUAUCUGUGAAGUGAAUGCACACAAAUUAUAUAUUCGCCGGUCAUUCAUAAAUCAUGAUCGGCCAUGACAAAUUGAACUAUUACUAGCAUUGAUUAGAUGCACUUGUUAAGUUAUUACACUAUGCUGUUGUAAAAAUUGGUAUUGGUUUCCAGUUACUGAACAUAUGGGAAUGCUGGGCAUCUCAAUACCCUUUAUAUCA